CGUGUAAGUUACAGAGCAUUCAGAAGCAGAAGCGAACCACAUGGGAUCCUUGGGCCCUGCCGCGAGCGUGAGCAAGAUCAACGACGGUGCGGCGGCCGUCGGCGGCCAGCAUCAGCAGAAGAAGAUGGAGUGCGGCGUGUUCAGCUGCAGCUUCCGGAUGCCGCUGCACUAUCCGCGGUACAAGAAGGCGGACUACAAGGCGAUGCUAGACUGGCGCGUCGACUGCCUGCUCCGGGAGUACGGCCUCCCGGUCGCCGGCGACGUCAACGACAGGAGGCGUUUCGCCAUGGGAGCCUUCCUCUGGCCCGGCCAGUACUGAUCGAGCUCACCUUAAUUUCCACCCAAAUCAGGCCGAUCAGCGACUGCAGAAGCAACGUCACAUGCCCGGUCAUGUAAUGAAUGAAGACCUCGUAUCAAAUAUUAUAUUCAUAUACAUCCGUCAUCUAAUGGAAAUCGCCACUCAGAAAAGAGUGUU